AUGUUGGCUGAAGUUAUAGAUUACCGCGUUUCACGAAUUGUAAUAUUAUGCAAAGAUUGUGGUCAAGAUGUUGGCUUAUAUCCUGCAAGACAUAAGUGUGAUAUACCAACUUUAGAAGCCAUACCUGCAUUGCCUGCAAUACCAAAGAAAUUCCAACCCCCUUCAACAAAUUCUUCUGAAACGAAUAGUUUUAGUUCGAGUAAAUUUAAAAGUUAUAAUUUAUGGAAUAAAUUGAUGAGUAAUGCUGCAGAUAUAUACAAUAAUGCUGGUGGAGAUUCGGAUAAUGAAUCAGAAAAGGAUGAUUGGGAUGGUGAAACUCAUAUUUCUCGAAUUUUAAGGGAAUAUUAUGAAGGUAAAGGUGGGGACCUACCAAACUGGUUAUACGAUUCCAAUUCCAAUCCCAAUACAUCAAAUAAGUCAUUUAUGCCUCAAACGGAUCAUACUUUUAUUAAAAGACAAGUACCAAUGAACGGAGACAAAAAUGUUGUUGAAGUUAAUAAUAACAGAAGUCGACAACCAAUUCCUCGUAAUAAUAAUUCUAUGAGUAACUCGUUUCCGAUUGCAAAUCAUUCUUCCACAAGAAUGGAAGGGGGAAGGUAUAGAAAUGCACCACCACCUCCAAAUUCGUUUAAUGGUAUCAAUAACAACAAUCCACGUAAUGUUCAAUACCACAAUAAUAUCCCUCCUUUACCAGUUUCAAGGAGGUUAAUCGAUCAUCGAAUUAACAAUAAUUUUGGUCAAAAUUCUUUACCUCCAAGAAAUUAUCAACCUGUUUCAAAUUCGGAUGAUAAUUAUAAUGUCACAAAAAGAUUAGUUCCUUCAAGAACAUCUUAUCAAAUAAAUUCAAGAGGACGGCAGGAUCCAUCUCAAACACGUAAAAGUUCUUCUGUUAGACGUGAUAUUAAAAUAGGGGUUGGAUUUAACGAAUAUAAUGGGCAUAAUGAACAUAAUGAACAUAAGGGAUAUAAGGAUGGGGGGUUACGUAGCGGGAAAGAUUCAG